AUGAGUCACCAAGAUGCCCGUGCUCCGCGCACCUUCGACAUCCCCAUGCGCAGCGGAGACGCCCUCGAGAUGGACUGCUCCGCCCUCGUGGAGGACCCAACCGAAGUCUGCGAGAUCCUCGAAAGCGAGGAUUGCAGAGCGAGUUUGUGGGCGAAGCUGGCGUAUGAAUAUAACUUGCAGGGAAUGACUGAUCAGGCGAUUGAAAUUUUGGAGAGGGGGUCAAAAGCGCCUGCGCUUCAGAAACAAGAUGAGAAAUUGCCGUUGAAGGGAUUCCUCGCCGCGCUUUACCUGAGAAAAGCACGUACCGCACCAGCCCGUGCAUCCGAAACGACCUUCGGCACCGAAGCCAAAACGAAAGACUUCUACUUCGGCAAAGCGACCUCCGAACUCAACGAUGCCCGUCGCUUAGAUUUCAAAUGGCACAUGAACCCGCUUUUUCAGGGGAUCUUCCAAACGAUGCGUUCCGGCUCGAUCGAGGAGACGAGACGAGCCUUCGAUGCCGUACACGCCAAAACUGCGGCCAAUAAACCCAACUUAGUGGCGUUGUUGGGACGCGCGAAAGUGUUGUAUGAGAAGAAGAAGUGGAAGGAGUCGUUGAAGGAGUAUCAGCGAGUCUUGACGUUAAGGCCGACUAUGCGACCUGAUCCGCGUAUUGGGAUUGGAUUGUGUUAUUGGAAGUUGGGGAGGAAGGAGAUGGCGAAAGCGGCUUGGGAACGCUCGAAUAAGGUUGAGGAGAAUGCGAGUGCGACGGCGUUGUUGGGAUUGUGGUAUGUUGAUGCGGCGAAUAAUACGAUGGAUCCGGGGGAGGCUACGCCGCUUUAUCAGAAGGGAUUCCAGCUCUCGCAGGCUGGGCAUAAGAUGGCGCCGGGUGGGGUUCCGGCUGCGGCUGUCCCGCUUAUUGGCCAGCUUUUCUCGAAGAAGGCAUAUGAGAAAGCCAUCGGGGCCGCCGAAAAACUGAUCAAAACCACGGACGUGAAGACCGUGUUGAGUGAUUUGUACAUGUGGCUAGCUCGUGCACACCACGCUCAAGGCCACCACGAACUCGCACAGCGCAAUUAUCAACUCGCCGUCCAACUCAACGAAGACAACCUCGUUGCCAAAUUCGGGUUGGCGCAGAUGUAUGUCCAGUUGAACAAGAACGACGAGGAGCAUGGGCGUCAUGCUGCUAGGAAUGCAUUCCAUGACAUUACGAAGCGGUAUCCGAAGUGUGUUGAGGCGUGUGUUAUGCUUGGGUUGUUGUUGAUGGAGGAUGUGUUGAGGCCUGAUGCGCCUAUCAGCAAAGGCGUUGAUCUGAGGGAGAAGCAGAAGAUUGAGGCGCAGAGUGUUGAGGCGAGGGAGAGAGCGAGGAAGGAUGCGAAGGAGUUCUUGAGGAAGGGGAUUAAGCUUAUGGAAACGACCGAGGGCCGCGAGUUUACGGAUCCGGAGUUGCAUUUGCAACUGGCCAAGUUGUGUGAAGUCGACGAACCGAAAGCGGCGUAUGAGGCGUUGAAGAGCGCGAUGGAGUAUAUGCAGAAUAUCGGUGAACGUUUAUCUCCGGCGUUGGGGAAUAAUAUCGCGGUCCUCAUGCAGCGUGAUGAGAAUUACGAAGCUGCGAGCGUGAUGUAUCAACAAGCUUUGGAGGAAGUGAGUACGUUGCUCGCGGAAGACCCGGGAACGAAUAGGAGACCUUUGUUGACGACGUUGUCGUAUAAUCUCGGGCGUGUGCAGGAGGCUUCGGGGAAAUUUGGGGAAGCGAGGAAAUCGUAUGAGCAGAUUUUGGAGCAUUGUGAGUAUGUUGAGGCACGUGUUCGGUUGGUGUAUAUGGAUUUCGUGGAGGGGAAGGUUGUUGGUGGGGAUUUGGAGGCGAAGGCGAAGAAAUUGUUGGAGGACGCGUCGGAUAAUUCGGAGGUUCGGGCGUUUUAUGGGUGGGCGUUGGCACAGCAGAAGAUGCCGGGUACGAGGAUCAAGAGUGUUGAGCUGGAUCUGGAGGCUAGGCAUUAUAAGCAGACGCUUCGGAAUUACGGUGGUGGUGAUCUGUACUCUCUCGUCGGUUUCGGCAAUCUUUACUUGCGUCAGGCGAGGGAUAUGAAGCCAACUAACGAGAAGGAGAAGGAGGAGAGGAGUAAAGUCUACCUCAAGGCCAUCGAGUUCUUCGAAGCGGUGUUGAAGAAGGAUCACCAUAAUGCUUAUGCUGCACAGGGUAUCGCGAUCGCGUUGGCGGAGAAUAAGGUUCCUGAUCAGCAGAAUGCGAAACUUGCGUUGAGGUUAUUGUCGAAGGUCAAGGAAGCCGUUCCGGAUGUUUCGGUACUUAUCAAUUUGGGACAUGUCUAUAACGAGUUGAACCAGUUGGAUCGCGCGAUUGAGUUUUAUGAGAUGGCGUUGAAGAAGGACGAGAGUGUUCGUGCCGAGGUCAUCGCGCUCCUUGGACGUAUCUGGAUCGUGAAGGCCAAGUCUGAGAAGAACUGGGAACAUUUCUACCAAGCGUUGAGGUAUGCCAAGGAAGCGUUGGAACUCGCGCCUGAGGAUGCAGCGGCCAAGUUCAAUGUCGCGUUCACGCAGUUCAGUUUUGCUGAGCAGAUGGUGUACGCUGAUGAAGCGAACCGUAGGACGCAGUAUAUCCAGGAUGCGGUGGAAGGUCUCAAAGAGGCUGUGCAGGGUAUGAGUGAGCUCGCUGAGGGUGAGCAUAAGAGUAUUCCAUACCCUAUCGAUACAUUGAAGGCGCGUGUCGCUCAGGGUCGCAAAUAUCUUGAUGAGAGGUUGCCCAAGGCACUCGAUGAGGCGGAGAAGUAUGAGAAGGAACAUGAGGCUCAGGUCGCUGAGGCGUGGAAGAAGGUCCAGGAUGAGCGUGAUCGUCGUAAACAAGAAGCGGCCGAUAAGGAGAAGAUGGAGAGGGAGGAACAGGCUAGGAUCGUGGAGGAACGUAAAACCAUCGCCGAGCAAACUCGACAGUGGCGCGAGAAGCGGGCUGAGGAGGAGAGACAGGAGAUGGAGGUCAACUCUGACGGCGAGGAGGUGCCGAAGAGGAAGAAGAAGGCUGUGAAGAAGUCGAAGAAGAGGGAUACCGGUACGGAUGAUGAGGAGAGUGCACAGGAGACUGACGACGGUGCCCCCCGGAAACGCCGGAGCAAGAAGAAGAAGGCUGUCGACACGGAUGAGGAGGGAAGUGGGAAUGAGAGCGAUGCGCCCAAGAAGCGUCGUCGGCAGAAGAAGAAGGCUGUGGAGUCCGAUGAUGAGGGUGAUGAAGAAGCGGAGGCUAGACCAAAGAAGAAGAAGAAGCUGGCAAAGAAGGAGAUAUCGAAGGAGAUGGUUGAUUCGGACGAGGAUGAUGAUGUUCCGAUGAGAGACGUGGUGGAGGAUACUGACAAUGAUGCUCCACAGGCUGCAGCUGACGACGCGGAUGAAGCCCCUGCUGAGAAGCCGGCGGAUGAUGAUGUGAUGGGGGACGCGGCGCCCGUUGAGGAGCCUGCACCUGUUGCUGAGGCAGCAGAGGCAGAGCCAGAAACCGUACAAACAGCUGUUGAGGAGCCUCUUGAUGCCACGGAAGAGUCUGCUCAGCCUGCGGCGGAAGCUGCUGAUGCACCGACUGAAGCAGCGCCGGCGGCAGAGGGCGAGGAGUAA